ACGUCGUCGCCGGGAAGCUCCCGGUAGAAGGCGCGCGCCCGCGGGAGGGGCCGCUAGAAAAUGGCGAGUCUGUGCAGAAGGCAGCAAUGUACGAUCGAGAGGCGCGGCUUUCGGCAGGAGCUUGACUCGUGGAGGCAUAAACUCAUUCACUGUGUAGGGUUUGAAAGCAUUUUGGAGGGGCUGUUUGGACCAGGACUCAUUAAAGAUCUUACCCUCUUUCAAGAUUGUGAGCCGGAGGGUGUGUCAGAUUGGUCGUUUAAUGAAAACUGUCUCUUUUGCUGCUUGAGACGUGAAAAAGUCAAGGAAAAUCUGGUUGGUUUGAACAACCAAGUGUUAUCAGAAGCGGACAGCUUCAAGCAAGAGCAGUCCAACAUUAACAAACUUGAGAAGCAAGCAGAAGAUUUCCUCAAUGUUGUCUUCUAUAGAAAGGCAGACCUCCCGAGAUUUACAGACCCCCACAUUCCUCUAGUGGCUCGUGAAAUCAUGCAGCGAAUGAUCCGACAGUUCGCUGCCGAAUAUACCUCAAAAACCAGCUCAACUCAGGACGUACCCCAACCCCAGUCCCAGCCCAACGGCACCAAGGACCAAAGCCUGCCGAAAGCGCCCUCGCUGGAGCCGGACGCCUCCACACCCGCUGCCUCCGCACAGAAUCCCGUCCUCAGCAAGCUUCUCAUGGCAGACCAGGACUCCCCACUGGACCUCACCAUCAAGAAACCAGAGACUGAACCCAGAGAACAAGAUGGAGUCCUUGACCUCUCAACUAAGAAAAACCACAGUCAUGGUAGUGUCUCACUGAAAAGCUCUCAAGGUUUCUCAAUCAUGCCCACAGUUAAGGGGCGUUCCCAGAGAGCUGAUCACAACUAUCGAGAUGUUGAUGAUGAAGAUGGCUUGCCACCGAGAAGCUUGCAUGAUGGGAUUAGGGAGAACUGUAUUGGUUCUGGACCCCUCAAGCCACCCUUGGCCCGCUCGCUCCUCAUAAAAGAGGAACUCCUGAGUCAAAAACAUCGCCUCCUUGGCCAACCUCUAUCUUUGGCUAGCCUAGAGUCUGCGGGUCUUCUCAACAGCCAAGCCCAAUCCAUCCUUUCCCGCGAUGAGACAUGGGGGAAAUCCCAUCUAGAUGGCCUCCUGAAGCUCAAACAAGUUAGCAGCGACCUCAACGACCUGCCUCUUUUCCAGGAGAACCAAGGCGUGUUCACCAAGGGUACAAAGUCCCAUGAUAGUGGUUCCAUCACAGUAAAGAAAGAACCCGGACAUUCCCCUCCAGUGGACUUGAAGAUCCCGCAAGUCAGAGGCAUGGAUCUGUCUUGGGACUCCCAUGGGAAUUCCUCGGAUCUCUAUACUUACAGCUCUAUAGUUUUGGGCAAUGUGCACUCUGAGAAUGCGCUCAGUCGGAAGUUGAGGGCCAUCUUGCCAAAGCAGAGUCGCAGGGCUGCUCUUGGAGGUCUUCUCGAUGGAGGAGCUGUGGGCGAGUACUGGGGUGCAGACCUCGAACAGCCAACUUUGGGACCUCAGUACCCGACUUCAGAUCCAGAGGCAGACCCGACUGGCUCCAAGCAACCCAGAAAGAAAAGGGGACGGUAUCGUCAGUACAACAGCGAGAUUCUAGAAGAAGCCAUUGCUGUGGUGAUGAGUGGGAAGAUGAGCGUUUCGAAAGCGCAGAACAUCUACGGUAUUCCCCACAGUACCUUGGAGUACAAGGUGAAAGAGCGGUUGGGCACCCUGAAGAACCCACCAAAGAAAAAGCUUAAACUGAUGAUGAGGGCAGAGGGACAGGACUCUGGGAUCACCGCCGAAACCGAAUCCACAUCGACGCCCGCCACUACACCCAUCGCAAUGCAAGUGGAUGUCUUGCAGGAGACAGGAGAAAAAGUCGAGUAGAUAACACAGAACACCUCAUAAAACGGAAAACGUUUUAGAUUCUGACAUUUAAAAAACUAAAAUGAUUUGGAAUUGAGGAUGGGGCUUUAAUUGUGCCAAUUUAUACUUGCAGUAUCUGGGUGAGCACAACUGCAGGGAUUCAUGGGAGGAUUUAAGCCUGAUAACUGGGGAUAAGAAAAAAAUUGGCAGUUAUCACAGUGGUCGCAUUGACACUGCAAACAUUUGCUGAAGUUUUUUACAACAUAAAGCAACAAAUGCGUACUAAAGCCAUAAGAGAGUAUCGACAGAGACAUUUUAUUAAAAAAAGAAAAGCAAGCAGAUUAACCCUUUGUUUGCCCCCUUCAGCUGAACUUUGUGAGCUGCGCCAUUAGUAUUGGACGGCAUGCCAUUUAGAGAAACGAGAAGCGGGUUUCAAGGGUUACGUGCAAGGCUGGAAAUUGACCCUUCAAUGAGGAAUUUAUCUCCUCUGAUUGGUAGGUUUAUGAUAUAAUUCAUGAUCUUUAAAACUAAUUUAUUUCAAAUGGAGUUGGAUUCUCACCAGGGAUCGAUCCUAGGCCCGUUUUUCUAUUAACAGGUAAAAACAAUUGCUUUCAGCUCUUUGUAGUUUCCUCCUUUUAUAUUCUGCACCAUUGAAACAGACUAAGAAUUAGACACGUCCAUUUAAAAAAAUGAAGCUUAAGAUUAGUCAUUCAGGGAUGCAUGUUUGUGAUGUUGAAAAGAUUAUUAUUAUUAUUUUAUUAUUAUUUUUUUUACUUUACUGUAACUAAACUUUUCUUUAACUCUAGCGCUUUCUUUUGCACUACACUUGCAGUCUGGCGCUCGCCAGUGCCUAAAUCUGGCAAUUAGACCUGAUUACCUCGACACUGCUUGCAUUACGCACUUACUGUUCUGUCUGGCAUACUACAUAAUACUCAUUUUACAGUACUCUACUCUUUAACAUUUCAACACCCAUGAAGGAACAAUGCGGACUUAAGCCACACAGGACAGGAACGUGUUUCAGAUUCUCAUCUUUCUACUAAAAUUAAUUAAGGGAGGGUGCACGCAGUCCACUUUUGGCUGAUUCUGCCUGCUCCCUCGUCGCUGCUUACAGUCAGUCACUGACAUAUAUUUAUAAAAAGAAGAGCAUUUUCGCAGAGGGUUGGUUUUGGGGAACUUAGUUGGGGGGAAAUGUAGGUAGGGUUAUAACCAUAUAACCCUGUUAUAUUAUAAAUUAGCAUUCUUUCAGAGAGCCAAUUCUUGUCUCUGAAUAGUUUCUUUUCCUCGUGUAAAACUCAGGGCAACUGAGACAAAUAUAGCGAUCGUGUUUUUAGAGAAACAAUGCAUAUUACCUACUUGAACUGGAACCUUUGACACAAUUCAGUCAUUGAGUCAUUGAGUUGGGUCAGGGGCAGGGCUUUAUACCAGGCGUAGGUUGGGUCGAGCUGAGCCAUGAAUUGGACAUAUCAGUGGGAUGUUAUUCGAAACACUUGGCCAGUUGGGAAUUUUCUGAGAUCUCUCUGAAAAUAGCACUUUGUUUAAAAAUAAGUGAAUAUGUUUGGGUGUGUGUUUUAAAGUAGCUUUUGCAGUAGCAGAUAGCAUAAAGGAGACUUGCAAGAUCAAAGGGGGAGCAUUUCAACGACCCCCGGCGUCCUGCAGCUCAGACCCAAACAUGCUCAUUUCGUUUUGAAAAAAUUAUCUCUUCAAUAUACAGUGGUCGACAGCUUAAAUUCUCAGAUUUGACUAGUGUUGCCUCACUGUUUAUUGUCACAUCGCCCCUUUUCCAAAUCUAAACUGUGUCGUCUGAUGUAUAUAAACCCGAAAAAAGAUCAUAGAUCUGUGAAGAUUUCAAAGAGAAGGCUUUUGGAAUGGCAUGCUCCACUUUGAUGAUGUUUUGAAGGGCAUUCUGGUAUAUAUCACUGCCUGGUGCUCACCCAGUCUGUGAAAAAAAAUUAUACUUCAAACUUCAGGGUUUCUGAUGAUGAAACUGACUCUUUGAAAUGUACCUUUUAUUUAUUUCACUAUUUAAUUUGAAUCAUUAAGUAAAUGGCAUGCACCAGUUAAGUGGAGGCUGAUUUACUAUUUAUAAUCUGACACUUGGUGGCGGGGUUGCCAUCAAAGUAGACAACCGGGGACACUGUCCUGGGCUCCUUUAUAAUAUUAGACCUAGUGAAAUCAAGUAAUUCUAGUAAUUUCCCACAUUGUAUUAGGCUUGAGUAAAUUGUAUAUAUUUCCUACAGUGCUAUACUUGUAAGUCAUUUUAAUUAUUGUUUUGUUAGCUUUGUAUAAUGUAGUUGCAUUGGAGUUAUAGCCAUGUGUGGAGACAAUGCUGAAAUUAAUAGAAAUCAGAGUAUUUUAAUCAAUACAACAUACAAUAGUAAACCACUGAUGUAACAUAUUUGGUUCAGUUUAUAAGUUGAUCACAUGCUACUGUGCUUCUACAAGAAACAAGUCGAAGGAAAUAACUAUGUAUAAAGAGUCAUAACUAAGUUAGAAAUAUAUUCAUACUUAUAAGCUCUACUGUGUAAAUCCUUUAGGUCAUCUGGCAUCAAAUGCACCAACACUUUACCAAUGCUGAGCGUUUGAAGUGUCUAAUUAGAAAUUAGUUAGGUCCUUUAUCAAUCAAUCAGUCAAUUAGAUUUAUUUAUUAAUCAGUGUGAUGUAAAAUACCACUCGUUUUGAUUGACUUUUUCAAUUUAAACAUUUCUUAACCAGUAAUUUUGUCCUUUUUUACAGUAAAAAUAUCUUAAGAUGUAGAAGUCAAGAUAUGUUUUCUUGGUUUUUUAGAAAAUUUGAUGCCCUUGAAUUACAUUUUUCUUACCCUUAUUUUUUAUUUGGCAAAUUUAGGUUUCUCGUUUUAAGAAUACGUUUAGUUGGAUUCUCCAAUAAAAUUACUUUAAUGUUUACUGUUAAACAAGAUAAAAUAUUAGUUUGAAGUGCAACUAGUAAAUUAGUAGUAGAUCUAGUAGAAUUGAAUAUUUUCCCCUAUAAUUGGCACUUAAAAAUGAUUGCACUGAUGGCAAUGACUGGAAGUUGUUUUGCAGCACUUAAAUCUAAAAGUUUCAAACGAUCACUUCUUUAUUUGCUAAUCUAGAAAGUUUUGAACUUUCACAAAGCUACUGUACAUUCUGCAACCUUUAUUUAUCAUCAGCUGUCUGAUUCACUAUGGUGCAUGCCAUUUCAACAUAUUUAUUUAAUUUGACUUUGAUGAUUAAUGUAUCACAGGGUUAACGGCUCCCCCUGUCCAAAACAUCCUCCUCUUGAAGAAGUUAUACCGUCUUCACUCAAAUGAAUGUAAACCAUUACGAAUAACUUUUAACUAGCUGUUUAGAAAAUAUGUCACUUUCACAUUUCAUACUUUGAACAGACUGUUUUAGUUUUUCUCUUGCUGCUCGUGUUUCAAUUAUUUUUUGCGUUUCUCUGAAACGUACACUGUAGCCUUCAGUACUUUCUUAUCUCAGGAUAGAUUCAGCAGAAGGGUUCGCAAUAUUUGUCAGUCGGAUAACGAUGCAGACAUAACUACCUGUACAAGAUGUGCAUAUACAGUACAUGUUAUAUUAACUACAGUCUUUGCACAAUAUACCUCAUCCUUGGGAAUAAACGCACCUUUCUGUGCCACAUCCUUAAAUACCAUUCAGGGGCACGUGGAAAAGGAGCAGUUGAAACUCUGGGAAAUUAUUUUUGUUUUCCUAUUUCACCCUCUUUUUUUGUCUUCUAUGACAGGGAUGGCAAGCGAGGCAUUUCAUGUGUCUGACUGACCAAUAUUUACACCCUUUUCAUUCAGGUACAGAAAAUCAAACUUUUUGAAUACAAUCAAAAGUUUCGCUUAACAUUAUUCUCAUCUUGCCAAUAACAGGUCCCAUCCUUUAAGUUAACUUUUAACGUUGAUCAUCAAGGCAAAUAUCAGAGGAUACUGUAGUACAAUAGCUUCUAUCCCUGUACUCUGAAAUAUGAUUUAACCGUCAUGGGUGUUUUUGUGAAAAACACUAAUGGAGGUUUUGAAGGGGAGAAUAUGGGACAGGUGGAAAUGUUAACCUUCUGUUGUUUCUGUGCUCUCUGUAAACUUGUUUUUAAACUGCAUUCCAAAAAUUUCAAGAGAUACCUUUAUAUGGAAGAAAAAUCUAUACAUAUACAAAUGAAUAUAUAUUAUAUUUAUUUUACCGUU